CUCGACUUGUUCGCUCACACCGCAACACUCACGACUCACGGCUCGAGACUAUAGGCUGACUUGCAGCCAAAAGAGCACCUCAUCCGAUAGUCACAGUAACGCGUCACCCUGCUCGACUCUCUGACUCUUUGCAGCCCGAUUUGACUUUGCACCGCCCAAGGCGGGCACGCACGGGCAGGGGCAGGGGCACGGGCACCCCGCAAUCUCAAAUCGACCAGCCGUGUCAGUGAGUGGCAUCGGUGCUGGGGAUCAAUUUGAGUAUCAGUAGCGGUCUCAUCAUCCAUAUCGGUACGAGUAGCAGUUUUGAGUAUCAGCAUCAACACCUACACCUACAUCAACAAUCAGGGCUUACAACCGAGCUGCCAUGGCGCCCUUCGCAUGGAAAGCCGAGCCCGGGUAUCUAGACCAAUGGCUAUAUCAUCUGACGUGGAGUGGCAAUCCACAAGCAUUUGACGGCAAGUUCCAGCAGCUCGCGCAAUACACGACAUUCGACUCGCCCAGCGCUUACCGGCUCUACCGCCGCAAGGAGGAGUACUUGGCUGUCAGCCAACUCCCACUGUCGGAGCAGGGGAGCGAAGCAGAAGGUGUGGAGCAAGUGCUGGAUAGGCGAUGCGUCCAGCGAUUUCACGCAAAAUUUGCCAAGGUCGACACGAGCGACUCUCAAGUCACUUCGAGCACCAGUGCCAGUGCCAGUGCCAGCUGCAGCUCACACUUUGUCCCCGCGCUAGAAAUCGACGGCAUCCACUCUUCCCCACUGGAUCUCGUUUUUUUUGCUGCUGAGCGCUUCAACGCAGCUUUAGCACGAGGCGAUCUAACUGGCAAUGAUACUGCGACUGCGAAUUCCGUCAACACAAAGAUCAGGAGCCAAAUUUUUCACGAGGCAAGACGCCAGUGGGCAGUGGAAGCGACGCUUUGCGAAAACGUCGUCUCCCCUUUGCUCGAGAUUGCGCAGGGCCUGGUGAAUGCUGUCCUUUAUCGGGAAUCACAACAUGACCCGCUUGCUGCUCCCGAUUCUCCGCCGGCAGCACCUCUGAAACAAGUGGCCUGGCUCAACGAGACGCAAUCACCAGAGAAUGCUCCGGCCCUGCAAAGCGCCUUCCUCCAAGCGCGGAAAAGAGGAGCAAGAUGGGACUAUGCUCUCUUUGACUUUGAGCCCAUUCAGGGCACCCCGAACUGCCAAAACGCGCGCAUUGUCGCGGUGGUAGAGGUCAAGCGACGACUGCCCGCCAAUGUUCUGCAAGAUCUGCUUGCGCUCGCCAAUACCGGUGUUGCUCUUCGCGAAGGCUUGGGCAGGCGCAACAGUCAGGGCGAGGGCCCUCCUGCGCACGAGCGCUUGCUCGCACAGAUCGUGAGCUACUGUGCACACACCGGGGUACGUACCGGAGCAAUCUUCACUGGUUCGGUGCUUCUGGUCGUAGACCUUGAUGGCGAGCCGGAGGGGAAGAUGAAGAUCACCUUACGGACACCAGUCAUCGCGUCGCCCCAUGCCAUGGUCGACGAUCCACAGCUGCAAAGUCUGCAUGUGGAUGCCAGGUCCAACUUGCCGUCCCAGUUGACCGCAUUAAUACUCCAUGCGCUACAGCGGAUGGACAGUCUGGGUGCGCGAACUAGGCGCAUGGGUCAAUCUAUCCUCAUCUGCGAACCGGCGCUUGCCCAAUCGGGUUUGCAAAACGUGAACGUCGGCUCUUCGGGGGUCAGGUACUCGCAGCGACUCCGAAAUAAGCGAGCCUCUGGCGGAGAUGCUUCAGGGUCAAGUGCGAAUCAAGGGCAACGCGUCGACGCAUUUGCAAUGGACAGCGAGCGCUCUGAUGCAGCAGAGAUCGUCGUCGACAAUACGCCUCUAUUCGAUGGCGCAUCUGCCGGCGUGCACAAAGCUUCAUUCCAGAGCGCUAGCAACAUAGUUGCCGGCACAAAUUCGAUGGAGCGUCUAUUGGCAAAGUUGUACGACUCACCAACCAUGGCGCAUCACCGCGACGCUGACGAGUCUGAACAGUGUUUGGCUUCGCAUGAAAUUGGGGUGUACAGUGCUCUGCGUGCCCUGCAGGGCAGAUACGUGCCGCAUCUUUUCGGAUUGCUGCGUCUGCCCCCAACGCCAAAGGAAGCAGCCUCAAGUCAGCCGGAGCAUGUCCGAGGCAUGAGCAGCAGCGGGUCGUCUGCGGGCAAUAAAACUCCGCCACCAUUAGCUGUCGGGAUCGAGACCCCCCCUUUGACAGCGUCGCCCAGCUCCAGCAAAGGCUCGACAACUGCGACAGCAUCUUCGCCUCCCAAAAUCAUGGGGCUCUUGCUCGAAGAUGUGGGCCAGACUUUGGCGUCUUUGACUUUUGACCAACUCGAGCAUCUCCUUUUACAGGCAGAUGAUGAGGCCCGCCGCCCACUCGGCUCGCAGCAUGCCGAGAUCAGCGAUUGGGUCAAGGCCAAAUUCAUCGAAACCGGCAAGCAGCUUCACGGUCACGGUGUAUUGCAUCGAGACAUUAGGGCUGCCAACAUGUGUCUUCGCGUCCAGGGCGGCUCGCUACAGGCGCUGCUGAUCGACUUUCACCUUGCAGCGUUCACGGAUCCUCUACGGUGCAAGGAGGAGUGCAAAAGAGAGCUUGGAAAGAUUGCAGACGUUGUUGAGCACGUCGUGCAAACCCUCUUUGCUCGAUCUGCCGAGCAAGGCAGCGUUUCGUCGAGCACCAUGCGAGACACCUGAGUGCGCAUCCACUCUUUUUGCCCC